AUGUGCGAAUGUUGCUGCAUACCUUUGGGAUGCAUAUCAAUGCCCGUAACUGUAGAAACACCAGAAGGCUAUCCACACCCGCCCAAUAAAAUGCUAUGCUCAAGAUGUGGCCAUAUUAGCAAGGCCUCAUAUAGACAAAAUAGGGCGUAUUGUGGUGUGCUUUUCAUACCUUGUAUUCCGUGCGGAAGAGGAGUGCCCUUCCUGGCAUGUUCUAGAUGCAAUUUUCCCUGUGGGAAUGUGACAGCCGAGGAGUGCAGUAGGUGUGGAGUUACUACCUGCUAUUCAGUUGAUUAUUGUCCAAAUUGUGGUACAAGUAGGCCCGGAGUACCUAAUAAUCCAAAAGCGCUGACCGACUCAGAAAUUAAAACAUAUGAACGAAAGGGAUCAGAUAAUAUCAGUGAGAACCACGGGAAUGAUGAAAACCAUGCAGACAACAAAAGAAAGACAAUAGGCGAGAUGAGAAAUAAAUAG